GCCAGCGGAGCCGUAUAUUUGGGGGGACAUUAAAAUGUCGGACCAUCACUUCCGAAUACAUGUAGAAAGGAGAGAGUUUUAGUUGGGAGUACAGAGGUAUCCCACACAAAGCGUAUUUAAGUACGUUUGGUGCUGGCUAAAUAUAAAAUAUGAACAGAAAGGAAGAUUACGAUUCAUAUGAAAUCGAGGAGCCGAGCGACGAAGAAAGAGCCGAGAGCAGCUCGGAGGAUGAAUUGGACGUUCUUCUUAACGGGACACAAGAGCAAAAAAGGAAGCUGAUACGAGAGUACCUGACGGGGGAAAGCGAGCCGUCAAGCGAGGAUGAGUUUGAGAAAGAGAUGGAGGCCGAGCUCAGUUCCACCAUGAAGACCAUGGAGUGCCAAUGGGGGGCGCCAGCGGAUUCAGGAACGGCUUCUAGUGCCUCAGCCACAAGUACCAGCGCACCUGCAACAGCUCCCCCCCAGCUCUACGACAGUAUUUAUUUUGACAGCGAUUCUGACGAGGACGAAAGAUCUGGUAACUCAGCCAGUUGCCGGGCCAAGCAGCGGCGAAUCCUUACAAAUGAUGAAUUGCUGUAUGACCCUGACAAAGACAACCUUGACCAGGCUUGGGUAGAUGCUCAAAGGAAGAUGUAUAGCAAAUGCAGGGCCAAGAGGUCAGCAGCUGGCCGAGGUGCUCCGUCCCAAACGCUUCCGAGCAGCGACGCCAUCCUGAACUGUCCAGCCUGCAUGACCACCCUGUGUCUGGACUGCCAGAGGCACGAGAAGUAUCGGACACAAUAUCGAGCAAUGUUUGUCAUGAACUGCACCAUAAACAAGGAGGAGGUUCUCCGGUACAAAACGCCCAAUGAUAAGCAGAGGAGGAACCGCCGCAAGAGGAGAGCAGGUUGCCAGGAGGCAGCCCCUGCAGGAGCAGAGCCGGAGGAGACGUACCAUCCCGUGCAAUGCACAGAGUGUGCCACAGAGGUCGCCGUAUUUGACAAAGAUGAAGUUUAUCAUUUCUUCAACAUACUUGCAAGUCACUGCUAAAAACCACCAAGUGACUUAAAAGAUGCUUAUGAUGUACAGCAGACUUAAUUCAGUGUUUUUAAUUUUCUUUAUUUUUUUUUAAUCCUAGUGUCUCCUCUCAUUGUUGUCUUAACCAUGGGGCAGGGGAAGAAAUUGCCCUUUGUUUUGGUGGCCCUUUAAUCAGAGCUAUUGGAGGUUACCAGCAGUGGACUUUCCCGAGGUCCAUAAGUCAAAGUUGGCUAUCUAAUAUUCAUUUUGAUUGUAGUUAGAUGUUAACUAUUUAUUUGCUGGUACAAAAUUAUUUUUUUCAACUCUUCUUCUUGAUUGACACCUAGUAAGUUGUAUCCGACUAACAAAACCUGUUAUGUACCAUUUGUAAUGACGAUUAUUUUCAUAUUCCAUAUCAUUAAAAUGGUCACCAGA